AUGUGUUUAGAUGCGGCCUUCGACUCCACUGCUCCAGCGUGCACAUCCGUUGCAUCAGUCAUGAGAGGCUCUUUCACAAUACUGCCUGAGACGCCAUUAACCAAGUUCUCAAUGGAAGAAUCUGCAAGUUUGGCGUGUUAUUGCUUCAUAAUCGUGUCUUUGUGGCACUUGGAGCACAUAUUCAUGGUAGCCGCAGUUCCAAAGAAGCCAGUUGUUGAAGCAAAUAAUGGGCGUUCUGGCGCUUGGCAACCAGUCUCUUUCGAAGACUCCAUUAUUGCAAAAAUUAUGUCAUUCGCCAGAAUACAGAACAGAAAAUAUAUGUGA